AUGGAAACCUUUCCGCUCUUAUACAGGAGCGAAGUAGACACAUUCCUUUGUCUCGUCCUAGUGGAGCCGAUUUCAGUUUCUUUUUCCUCAGUGAAUUUUUUUUUUUUUUUGUUUUUUUUUUUACCCCCAUCAUUUCUCCUCCGUCUUAGCUACACCGCAAUCAGCGGCCAACGCAAGAUGUUCCCUGCUCCCAGCCGUUUGGUAGUUCUCUUGUUGGCGCCUUUGUUUUUUCUUUACCAUCUCUUAUCACGCAUCUUUUGGUCAGGGCUAAACGCACGCAAUGUCUUCACAUUACCGCUCAACUUCGCCAUCAACUUUUCUCCUGUUUUCAUCUGGUUGUUGAUCUUCAAAAAUGCCGGUCUCAUUCCGAAGUCCAUCCGACCCACCAUCCAUGUUGCUUUGGCGUAUCGCGUGGAUCGCUUCAUGUUCAGCAUUUCCGAAUCUCCUAUCGGCUGCUUGCUCACCAUCUUUUUAAGUGUCGGAACUGCUUAUCUCAUUUACUUGAGGUGGUACCGUGGCGAGUCUUCGUAUCAGAAGUUAUCGUCCACGCUGUCGGCAUCUUCACUUUCCGACGAUUUGGAGUUAUCUUCCUUCGAUCAAGAUCUUGAAGAUUUACCUAAAUCCUCUCGUGUCCAGAACGUGGCACCCGGAAGCUUCCAGGAUCAUCCACGCCUCGGAAAUUUGGAGUUUUUCCGGCCCAUGUCAUCUGGAGACGUUUCUGCCAAUGCCUCUGCCAUCAACAAGAAGAUUUCGAACCAUCUUCGCUCAUCCCACAACUACCGACCAUACAACUGUUGGCUCUGGGCACCUCCGGCACUUUUGGCCUUGUCAUGGGUUAUCUUAAAUGUCGACCACUUUUUUGCCACGCCAUUAAGCACGGCAAAAGACAUCGUGUCGUGGUUCUCCUACGUUAUUGGGCAUUUCUGUGUUCCUCUCUUCACGGCCAUCUGGCUCUACGUUUUUCAUGCUCCAGGAGCCCUCCGACUUUUUUCGAUUGCCUUGGGUGCUCAGAACAUUGCUGGAGUGCUCACCCACUUGGUUUUCCCUAAUGCCCCACCUUGGUUUAUCGAGUUGAACGGUGAGCAUGGCCAUGCCGAUUACGAUACCCCCGGAUAUGCUGCGGGACUUAUCCGGGCACCUUUUGGCACCGGUACCCAUAUGGUGACCAAGGGAUUCCAUGCAUCUCCAAUCGUUUUUGGUGCGUUGCCUUCGUUGCAUUCUGCCAUGGCUGUCAUGUGCUUCUUCUUUGUGUGCUACUAUUCCCGUUGGACCAUUUCCAAGCUUGCAUUGUUCUCUUUUGUCGCCCUCCAGUGGUGGGCCACGAUCUACUUGAAUCACCAUUGGAGACUUGAUUUAUACGCGGGACUAUUGUACUCAAUUGUUCUGUUCACUGUCGUUUACAGAUGGCUUAUGAGCAAAGUUGACGAGAAGUUUAUCGAAGCACGCCUUAAUUACGAUUUCGAAAAUGGAUCCACCAUGGGAAUGAGAGUCUUCCGGAAUACCAACUUGCAAAACUUUUUUGAUCCCUUGUCUUAG